UCCGUCGGCGCGUUCGCACACUGUGGCUGGUGAAUACAUCUUGGCUGGUGAAUGCUCAGAUGGCCGGUUGGUCGGGAUGGCUGCUGCUCGCCCUUGUCGCACAAGCGCUGGGCUGGGCGCACACCGCCAGGAUCCUGGGCGUGUAUCCCAUGCCCAGCAGAAGCCACCAUGCAGUAAUGAACUCACUGCUCAAGGAGUUGGCUGCGAGGGGCCAUGAGGUCACCGUCAUAUCCAGCUUCCCUCCGGAGAAGCCACUCGCCAACUACACGCACGUCGACGUUGACUUCGACAUGAAGAAGUUGCACGGAAAUACAAAUACGUUUGAUAUGGGCAAGAGCAACUCUUUUUCACUUAUGGUACAUGUUCUUGGUAUUGGAGAGGUAAUUUCCAAACAUACGUUUGAAAAUGAGAAAGUACAAGAAAUAAUAAAAUCAAAGAAGUACCAGUUUGAUGUUGUCAUAUUGGAAGAUUUCGGCAAUGAAGCAUUAGCUGGAAUAGCCCAUGUAUUUAAUGCACCACUAAUUUACAUCAAUUCUGCUGUUGGUUUUGUUUGGACGAAUGACUUUAUUGGGAAUCCCAGCUGCUACACAUACAUUCCAAAUGUAUUCUCGAGCUAUAGUGAUCACAUGACAUUCACGGAGAGAGUACACAACACUCUCCAAUAUCUGUUCUCAGAACUGCAUUAUCAUUUAAUUUUUAUUCCUAAACAAGAUUCUUUGAUGAGAAAAUAUUUGCAAGAAAUUGUUGACCUGCCACACCUAUCUGAAAUAAAUGCAAAAACAUCUCUCGUCCUUACGAAUGCAUUGCCAGGCAUAAAUUACCCACAGCCUGUGUUACCAAAUCUCAUUCAAGUUGGAGGAAUACAUAUAUCGCCUCCAAAACCGCUGCCACAGGACCUACAAGCAUUUCUGGACAAUGCCAGCGAAGGUGUGAUAUACUUCAGCAUGGGAUCUCUUCUUAAGAGUGCAGAGUUUCCUAAGCACAUACAAGAAUCCUUCUUAAAAGCAUUUGGUAAUCUAAAGCAGAAAGUUCUAUGGAAAUUUGAGGUCAGCAAUUUGCCAGGGCAGCCAAGUAAUGUUGUCAUUAAAAAUUGGUUUCCACAAAAUGAUAUUUUAGCUCACCCUAACACGAAGCUCUUCAUCACUCACGGUGGUCUCCUGAGCAAUCAGGAAGCUGUGUAUCAUGGAGUGCCUCUGUUGGGAAUUCCCAUUCUUGGAGACCAGAGACUCAAUAUGAGGAACACUGAAAGGCUGGGUUAUGGUCUCAUUCUGGAGAUGUCCAACAUUACGGAUACAUCCGUGGAAUGGGCUUUAAAUGAAGCUCUGAAUAAUCCACGGUGAGUACAGUAAAUUAAAAUAAAAUAAUAACUUCAAAUCAUGUUUUCACUGCUGUUUAGUUUCAUUAAAGCCUCCUUACUUAUAUUACUGAAUACCAAAAUAUAGUGGAUAUAUAUUAUAUUUUUUCAUAAAUAAUUUUGUUCUAUUUGAAGUGUCGUGAUUAGGGUUUUCAGAGGGUCUUUAAGGUGAUAAGAGAUAGUGGGAGGACACGUGGACCCGGCUGAGACCCGCCUCAGAGCGUGACGUCACCCGUGUGAGGCAAGAUUCGACCCUCAGUUGCUACACGUAAUUCGCUCAGACCUGGCCCGCUCUCAGCGUCGGGCACGCUUAUAGUAUUUUAAUUAAUCCAGAGCUCUCAAGGCGUCCCACACGCCUGCACUCAGUACAUAGGUCAACACGUGGUCGGUAAAAGAAAAGAAGAAAAGCUGUUUCAUACUUAAGGUAUUUAAUGUACACACGCGCACCCAUACACGGCUUCAAUAUGAUACAUUUCAAAGGCCCAGGACACUUAAACGAAUAAGGGUAGUGAGACCCACGCUCGUAUCCGCACAAAGCAAUUACGUAGUAUGUGUUUAAAAGGAGUCACGUUAAGAGCUGAGAAAGAUUUAAUAAAACAGUCCCUCGACCGAGGAAAGACCCGGGGAUAGCGCGAAAGUGAUUGAUAAUUAAUUGAUUACAGAUAAAGCAGAACUACUGUUACACCUCGUAAGAGAUGAAUUUAGUACUUGCUCAAAAGCGAAGUACACCUCGGUCCCGGAUCCUUACAUUUAUUAAUUCGGGGUUGAAACCCGAAAUAUCAACGAAUGCAGAUAAAAAAAUGGAUAAUGUAAAAAAACUAAACUUUAGUAAAAAAAAAAAAA